AUGAAUAAUAACGAAUAUUUAACAGAAACUGAACGUCAACUUUUAAAUGAACCGCCUUAUGAUCUAACUCUCGAAAUUGAAGAGCUAACAAAGCCUUCCAAGAAAAACCGAAAUAAUUCUGAUAAACUACCACGGCCCCAAAACAGUUGGAUCAUUUUUCGGAGAGAUUAUCAAGCAAGUUUACGUUGUCGUAGUCCUAACGUCAGACAAGAAGUCAAACUCUCCCUCUUGAAUGAUACAUUAUCAACCAUCGAAUAUAAUCAUACUAUUAUCACCGCUUCAACAAUCAUUGAUGAUAUUCAUCCUUCCACAAUUAAUACUAAUAAUGAUGCCGGAAAUUCGGCCAACAACGCGUAUAAUGAAAUAACUUCAUUGGAUCAAUUUCUUUUAUCCGGAAAUAUUGAUAUUAACGUUAAUAAUGCGGAUUCAGCAGCCAUUGGUCAUAAACAUCUUUCCACGAUCAAUGCUAGUAAUGAUAUCGGAAAUUCGUUUAACAACGCGUUUAAUGAAAUAAUUCCAUUAGAACUAUUUCCAUUUUUAUCCGGAAGUUUUGAUAUUAACGUUAAUAAUCAUGAGGAUUCAACAGCCUUUGAUUAUAUUCAUCCUUCCAUCAAUAACGAUACUAAUAACGAUGUCAGAAAUUCAAUUAACGACAUGUUUAAUGAAAUAACGAUAAUUUCAUUAGAACAAUUUCCUUUUUUAUCUGGUAAUGUUGAUAUUUAA